UUCUGAGAGGCAGCCCCACAGACUCACUUUUCAGAGACACUAGAGAGGGCAAGAUGUUCUCUUGGUGUCUUAGGACUACUAGAGGCUUGGGCCUCAAGAAAGAAAACAGAGAAGGCCAUGGAAGUGUCUGGAGGCACAGGGUUCACUCUUGCCUUCAACGCCUGUGGCCAUUUUCCAGAAAGGGAAAAACUGUGACCAAGGGUAAGCAAGACCAGAACCACACAGACCAGGAUCUGAGGGAGCCACGUAGAGAGUCUCCCAUCAGUGCUGAAAUGGUUGUUAAGUUGGUGAACAACCUGGUGCCUUCACUGCAGGAAGGAGACCACUUCUUUGUCUCUAUAUUUCUCUCCACAUACAGAAGCUUUGUUACCCCCCUACAGGUACUGGGCCUGCUGUUCAUGAGGCUUCUGAACGAGUUGUGGGAAGAACAGGACAAGGAUUCCCAUGCCAAGAAUGAGGAAGACUCAGAUCUGGGAAGACAUACCUCCUCCGAUCCAGAACUUAAACGUUGUAAAUAGCAGAGGGGGCCAGGCCUCUGUUUUAAUCUACCAAGAUUAUCAAAGAUCAAGAGGGUAAAGAAGAAACCAGCCAUCUUGGAAGUCGACUAUUGUUAUUAACUCAAUGUCUCCUUUCACAAUCUGUCUUCCUAACAGUGAAUCUAUUCAACUCCAAGUCCCUUAGUGUCAAUGAUGAUUUUCAGUCUUCCACUCUUUUGCUAUCUCAGUUAGUUUGUGAAGAUUAACAGGAAGGGGCCUCUACUGAAGUCCUGCCUGUGCUGCUAUAGGGCACCUAUGGAAGUUUUAUGGCUGCAGUUUUUGGUGACAUAAUCAGUCUCCUAGAUGCUUGGAACCUGAUAAUUUCUUUCUCUUUGUUAGCUGUUCAUGUCUUGAUAAUAUUCAAAUUAUCAAGCACAACUGCCUCUUCAAAGAUGCAUCCUCUGAACUUAGAUGUCCCUGUUCCUAUUACCAAUAGAUUGAACUCACCAGGUAGUUGUAAGGAUCUAGUAUACAGGUGUGUAUCUAUUCAGUUUUCCAGAGUCCUCAGUUUUAAACUAACCAGUGAGAGGAGGAAAGUUCAGUCUACACACACACUCAAACACCCCCCCCCACACACACAUACACAAGAAUAUAUACAUCACCUGUACGCAUACGCAAGCACUCAUUGCCAGCCUUACACACACUUGGAAGCUUGCACUUGUUCUGAUUCUCUUUAGAAA